UGUUGCCCAGGCCAGACGGGUGUGAAGGAGCGGCCGCACGUACCAGAACACGAACUGGUAAGCGACAUCGCUCGAAUGGCGUUGUUUCAAACGUUGACUGUGCAGUUCUCGAAACACAAGUCUGUGAUAUUUUGUAUGCGUGUUACGUGUUCCCUGAAACAUGUGUAAUAGCGUUCAGUUUAAAUGUCGGCGCCCAUGUGACUAUUGAUGGUAAACGGACACCAGCUUCGUCAUUGUGGUGGGGCAGCUCAAGUUGCUACUCUACUCGCAUCAAUUAUUGGACGUCAUGGCUGCAGAAUGUCUGCAAGGGUCUCUUCCCCAUGCAUAAUCAGGGGACGUUCCGCGUGACGCUGUCGAUGAGGAAAGAGCCCGAGGGCAGGCCGGUGUUCUGCAAGAUGGAGACCGCCCAACGCUUCAAACAGCAGAAGACGGUGAAGCUACACACCGAUACAACAUACCGCAUGGACGUGAGCUUCAAACCUCCGCGAGCCCUGCAAAGUCUUGUGAUAGCUGGCCAAGAGAUGCAGCCUUGUGAGAGGUCAAGAGACAGUACAGCAUGUGCCUACUCUUCCUACUACAAUACAGUUGGUAUGAGUCCCAGUAAGAAGGGACAGAGACAGGAUCUCAUCAUUGGUAUGAAGGUGCAGGGAUCAGGGGAACUGUCAACAUGCCUACAGAUCAAACUGUACAAGCAGCGUGAUACACAACACUGUGAGUGGGGCAGUCGACUCCAUUGCAUAGAGCUCGAUUGUUGUGAUAAUGAAGGUGCCAUGGCCGUUACAGUCAACAAAGAAACCUACAGGAAACUGGGCCUGGAUUGCUAAUUCUCCAUCCCUCCAGCUUCACUCUGCAGUCAUCUUUCACCUUGCAUCAGUGAGGCUUGUUCAAAUAAAACCCAUUUGAGGAUUGUUCUGGGCAAAGGGGGUAGAAGACAUUAAAAAUAGUCCCCAUGGGCUUUGAGAAAGGCAUCCCACUGAUGUAUGAGCUGAUGGAUCCCAUCUAAGAACUCUCUGGGCUGCUGCAAGAACCGCUGUACCACCGCAGCCUUGAUAUCUUAACCUGACCUGAAUCUAAAAGCCCUUUAACACUUUUGUGAGAGGACUGGACAAAUGGAAGUCACGCAGUAACAGGUCUUGGCUAUGUGGGGCAUGGUCCGACACCUUACAGUGCGUGGAACCGUCGUACGAGAGUACCUCGGAAAGCAGAAGCACCUAGAAGCUAGUCAUCUCAACCAGGAUGUAAUACCAUACACACAUACAGUUUUUACUUUCCUUCUUUAAGAUACGUCAUUCAGAAGCCAUCACACUGGUAUGAAUCCCGAUUCUUAAAUACAAACUAACGUAACUGUAUAAAAGGAUGAGGUAUGGUUUUUAAGCACAUAACUUCGUUUAAGUUUUGAAUAAAUUGUAAUGAAUUCAAAUUCUGAAACCCUUCAACUUUUCAUGACUGCAAACUAGAUUGCUCCUGUUUUGGUACCAAGUCAUAUUAACAUGACUGCAGUUAAUCCUGAUUUUGUAAUUUAACAUAAUAUUCAAGAUUUGCAAUGAAGUGGUGUUGCUAAUAUUAAAAAAAAUUAAUGUAGUCUGGAACACAGUUCUCAGUUAUUUGUUCGCAGGAGAACAGGAUUAUAAAUAUUCUAAUGAUAAGAUUGUGAAUGGUGCUUCUUCCUGUAAGUUUAUGCAACUGCACACAAAAGAGUAUUACCAGUUCUAAAUUUGGUAUGCUGGGAGAAGUGCACUGUCAUGCAAUGUUCCUGAAAAACAUUACUUAAAUUGCAGUUGUAACACAAUAACAUGCCACAUAUUAUGUAGGCAAAAGUAAUGAGAUUGGAAUCAUAGCAAGGAAAAUGUAUGUCCUAAUGAUUUGCUUUAUACAAGCAUAAGAUGGCCGGCCACGCGGUCUGAGGCAUGUACCUCAUGCGCCUGGCCACUGGGACCGUGGGUUCGAGUCCCACUCAAGGCAUGGAUGUUUGGCGGAGUCCUUUCUCUUCCAGUCUGUUGGAUAAAGACUGGCCACGGAAGGCAAGGCGAAACCAUCGUGGUAUCUUUGUAGGUCAAAACCCCGUAAUGGGGGGCCAACCAAUCUUAGGAUUGAUAACCCAAAAAAAAAAAACAAAGCAUAAGAUGAGUCACUAUUCUUCAUUCAAAAAUUUUGGUGGGAAGGAAGUGUCUAGUGAAUCAAGCUGAGAUAUUAUUGGGGAUGUUCCAACAGAUUCUGCACAGUUGGCUGACAGUUUCACUCAUUUAUGGAUCACACAGGUGGGUACUGAGUUUCCUUCUUGUAUUUAUCUGAUUCACUGAAAGAUUCCCUCCAGAAGCAAAACUGUCAACUCUGAUUUCUUUGAGACAUGAUAAGGCAAUUAAAUUAUUUUAAUUUGGAGAUCUAGAAUCUUCAGUGUAUUCUGCAGUCAAUGCGGCAACAUCACCUAGCAUUUACUAUCAAUAAUAUAAGAUGUGUAAUGGCUUAUAAUAAGUAAAAAUUUUCAACACUUGAAACAUAUGAUCUGCAAUAACUGUUCAAUCUUCACAUUUUCUGUAUUUUGCCAAAUAACAGUUCUCCUAUGGCCCUGAAUUUAUGGGACAUGCUAUAUAUGUUGGUCGAGUUACAGGAACAACUGCCUCAUGAUUCUUAUUUUUGUUUAAACUUAUUUUGCUAAGCAUACAAAUAGCUUGUUGUCUACAAUUAAGGAGUGAAAUUAUCAGAAUGCGGUGACCAACAGAUAGUAAAUGUAGUUACAAAGCUGAAUGCAAACAAAACCUGUGUGUGAUAUUAUCACCUGGCUCUAACGAAACACAUCUACAAGAAUGCUUUGCCAAUAAAAACACUGUAAACAUA